AUGACAACAAAAGUAAAAAGAGUUCAAACAUUCGGCAAAAAGAAAACUGCCGUUGCUGUAGCAACAGUAACCAAUGGUAAAGGGUUAAUAAAAUUAAACGGUAAGAAUUUAGAUUUAGUUGAACCCUAUAUUUUAAAAACUAAAGUAUAUGAACCCUUAUGGUUAAUUGGAUCAGGCAAAUUAAAAAAUUUAGAUAUCCGUAUAAGAGUUAAGGGUGGUGGUCAAACUUCUCAAAUAUAUGCUAUACGUCAAGCUAUUGGUAAAGGAAUAAUUUCUUAUUAUCAAAAAUAUGUAGAUGAAUCAACUAAAAAAGAAUUAAAAGAUGUCUUGUUAAGAUAUGACAGAUCAUUGUUAGUAGGAGACACAAGAAGAUGUGAACCCAAAAAAUUUGGUGGAAAGGGUGCUCGUGCAAGAUACCAAAAAUCAUACAGAUGA